CAGCAGCAACAGCAGCAGCAACAGCGUAAGCCACCUCAGCAGCAGUACAACAACAGCUCGCAGCAGCAAGUGCGUCGCAAGUACUCCUCCGAGUACAACCACCAGCAGCACCAGCAGCAGAAUCAUCACCACCAUCAGGGCAGCAACGACACUGCCAUACAAACCACCAAGACAAUGUCGUGGACAAACUCCGCCCAGCACAAGAAGUCCACGCAGUCGGUGGCGGUCACAGCCUCGCCCAACACUGUAAACAAUGGGGCAACUGUUGCUGCGGGUGCUGCUGCAAGUGGAACAACUGCAACAUCCACUGGUGGCGGCUUCAAUAAGCAGUCUAGCGCCGUUGGCGGAGGCAUCUAUAGUCAUCCCACCAAGACUUACACAAACCAGCAGCACUACCAGCAACAGCAGCAGCACUAUCAGGCCAACUACAGCAACAACAACAGCAACAGCAACAACAGUAGCAGCAGCACUGGCAACAACAGCCAGACACAGGUGCGCACAUAUGGCACGAUGAAGGUGCCCUCAUCGCCUGUUGCAAGCUCAGCGCCAUCGCUGGAACGCAAGAUUAGUGGCCAGCAGCAGCAACAGCAGCAGCAACAGCAACAGCCACAGCUGAGCAACAGCAAUUCAACAACAGCAACUACCUCAACGGCUAGCAUCACUGCGACACCGCAACAGUUUCAACAACAGACGUCCACUGAAAGUCAGUCCAACAGCACAAGCUAUGCAACAGUACCGCCGCAGCAACAGCAACAGCAACAACAACAACAACAACAACAACAACAACAACAACAACAACAACAACAGCAGCAGCAGCAGCAGCAACAACAUGGCCAAUAUGCCCCAGCUGGUAAGGCCCAUGCGAGCUAUGGAGUCAAGUCAAGAAACAUCACUCAAAACUCGAGCACAGAUGUCUCCUUUAGCGCAGCUGCAACUUCUGCAGAUGUGCAGCCGGCGCUGAACUUGGCACCACCCGCACCGCCUGCUUCGCAGAGCUCCAGCAGCGCUGACAGCGGCCAGCCGUCUUGGGCCAGUCUCUUCUCCAGCAAGAAGCCCGUGGCCAAAGUGGCGCCCUACGAUGGCAACAAGCAACAGCAGCAACAGCAACAGCAGCAGCAGCAACCACAGCCGCAGCAGUCGUCGCAGAUGCAACUGGUGCCACCACAGUCACAAGCAGCACCACAGCAAUUGGCUGCGCCACAGCAGCAAGUGGCCUUUGCGUCGCCUACGCAGAACCUGCCAAACGUUCAUCAUCAGUUGCAGUCGCCAACGCCGGUGCCGGCGCCAACUGGCCCGCUUAUCACACCCGGCGCACUCUCCUAUUCGGCGGCCUCGGCACAGGCAGUGCCAACCGCUGUGGCCCCACCCGCCUCGGCAGCUGUGAAACCGCUGAAAGCGGAGCCAGCGCGCGCAGCCCAACUCGACGAGUGGACGAACAAAUACGCCGACUUCUUGAUACGUUACAAAACCAACCUGACGCCCAUUAGCUUGCGGCCGCGCGGCCUGACUAACCGAUCUAAUUACUGCUACAUUAACUCGAUUCUGCAGGCACUGCUCGGCUGCUCGCCCUUCUAUAAUCUGCUGCGGUCCAUACCCAAGCAGGCGGCGGUGAUGAGCGAGGUCAAGACUCCCACUGUGAACGCCAUGAUGUCUUAUAUGAGCAACUUUUCGUCGCUGCCGAGCGGCACUCGCCUGCGCCUGAACAACAAAGCUGCUCAGAUCAAGGGCAAGGAUGAAUUUGCCGGUGUUGAUCUGCAGUGCGAUUUGGCAUUUGAGCCCACGGAAAUCUACAAACUGUGGAACGACAGCCGCGAGGAGCACGUGGAGGGCAGGCAGGAGGAUGCUGAAGAGUUCUUGGGCUACGUUCUCAACAAGCUGAACGAUGAGAUGCUCGAGAUUAUCAAGCUGAUUGCCAAGCCAAAUGCCCAGCAGAAUGGUGUGGAGCAAGAACAGGAGAUCGAGGAUGGAGGCGACGAUUGGCAGAUGAUUUGCAACAAUCGCAAUAAGGGCAGCAUUACACGCCAAACUGAUUUCGGACGCACUCCGCUGAGCGAUAUCUUCCGCGGGGAGUUACGUUCGCGACUUCAGCGUGAAGGCGAACACUCCACAGAUGUUAUACAGCCCUUCUUUACGCUCCAAUUGAACAUUGAGAAAGCGGCGUCGGUGAAGGAGGCUUUGGAGAUACUCGUGGGUCGUGAUCAGCUAGAGGGCGUCACUGGCAGCAAGAGCAAACAAGAAGUGGUUGCCUGGCAGCAAAUGACGGUGGAAAAGUUGCCCAUCGUUUUGAUAUUGCAUUUAAAAUACUUUGACUACAGAUCCGAUGGCUGCACAAAAAUACUGAAGAAGGUCGAGUUCCCAGUGGAGCUCAAAAUCGAUGCCAAAAUACUCGGCUCGAAGAAGACGUCACAGAAGCAGCGCACCUAUCGUCUGUUUGCUGUGGUCUAUCACGAUGGCAAAGAGGCUUCAAAGGGCCAUUACAUAACGGAUGUAUUUCAUACCGGGUAUAACAACUGGCUGCGCUACGAUGACAGCUCGGUGAAGCCGAUCGGAGAGAAGCAAGUGCUGCAACCGCACACGCCGCGUGUGCCUUACCUACUCUACUAUCGCCGCUUCGAUACCCUGCCUCCUGUGCAGGCUAGCAAUGGCGGUGGUGCUGGCAGCACAGUAGGCGCCACCAACUCCCACGCACAUGCCCAUGCCUCAGCCAAUCCCGCGUCCACAGCAGCCGCUAACUCAGCGAAUAAUAAAUGAAACUAAGUUGUCAAAAUAAUGGCAUAUUCGGUCUGAGGGAUUGCCAGUUUUUGGUUUUUAUGCAUAUACAAACAGAUGAACGGUUAUAUUAUAUUUAAAUGCCUAUGUUUAAGCCCAAAGUCCAAAGCGCAUGUAUGUGUGAAUGGUAGUUGUAUUUGUGUGGUGAAUGCGUGUGUGUGUGUGUGUGCGUGUGUGUCGUCUAAGUUUAAUAAAUAACACACAACUCUUAGUUGGUAAGCUUUAGCCCUAAUCCUAAGUUGAUAACAGUUUAGUUGUGCAACAAAGCAAAACAAAAGCCAACAGCAGGUCGUUGUGACGAUACCUUUGUACAAAACUUAGCGUUUGGGAUGGCUACAGAAACAGCGAGCAAAUUAUAUUCAUAUAGACUAUAUAGUAAGUCUCUUAGAUUCAAACCAGCCAAUAUCUGUAAAUCCUGUGUGCCCCUCAAUCCUAUCUGAAUGGCACAAAACUCAGAUGCGUGCAUACGUAGUUGUAGUAGACCUCUUCAAUAUGACAAACGUUUAGAGCUCUAUAUGUACAUAGAUUCGUAGUAUACAUAUAUGAUAUGAUAUAUUAUAUACAAAUUAAGAUGUAGAAUUUACUUGCAGUAAUUGUUUAUAGCAUGCAGAAUGCAUUUAGGCGACAGAGAAUACAAUCAGCCGUGCAUCAGGUUAAAAACAAUAAUCUUAUAUUGAAAUGCUUUGAAUAUGCUUUAAAACCAACAAACAAAAAACAAACAUCUUUUGUAUACAAUACAAGACAUGAAAAUACAUGAAUAAAUAGCAUUAUUUCGUGUGUAAGUUGAGAAUAUGUGAAU